CCAUACCAGUUACCUGGCCAAAAAUGUUGCCUUUUUAACCAUCCCGAUGUGCUUUGUGAUCCCCUUUUCUAGCUGUGAAGCGUAAAUUUAAGCCAAGAUGCACAUUCGAUCAAGUUGUUUCUUCAGCAUAAAAAACUUGGUCUUGCAAAUGCAGAAAAGAACUACGUGAUUUUCAACGUAACAGUGUGUGUGUGUGUUGCAAAAACAAAGAGAGCGAGCGUGUGUCGGGAAACAGACCGAGCGAGAGCGAGAACUCUUUGCACACUCUUCCUUUCAUUCCUGCCAGCCCUUAACAACGUGCUUAUCGACGCUCCGCACACACACACAUACUUCCAUAGUGUGUGAGGGAGCGCGCGCAAGUGUGUGUGUGUGUAGUUGCAAAGAGAGUAUGCGAAGAAAAUCCAGCAUUGCACACUCUUCAUCCCGGUACUUUUUGUGGUACGCGCACAGGAGAGGACAUCAGGAGUUGGGCACAGGAAAACCCAAUGCCAGUCCCAACUUUUGGUCUACCGUCCUGGUUGGUGUUGAUGUGUAUUGGACGCAAUAGACAAUCGGUGGAUCGUGCAGUGUUUUUUGGGUGAAGUGAAAAAACAGCAGCACCUCCAAAGCUGUACCCACCCCUUGCUGGGUUACCAGAAGACGAGGUAGUUUUGUAUGGCCGUUUGUCGAAAAAUGUGUACUGUGCGGAUGUAGGGGAUGAUUGUUCAUGCUGGCGAGUCGUACAGCCAGAAGAAAAUGUCGGACGUGUGGUGAAGAUCAAUCGAUUUGAUGCUGACGCGAAUAGUAAGUGUGAAGCUGUACAAACGAAGGAUGCAUUUCGGCACACCGUAAAACGUACGUGUGUGUGAGCAUUAUAUAGUGUCGAUAAACAGCCGCGUAGUGUUUCUUUGCUAUGCUGUAAUUUCUGCAGCAAAGCAGUUUGUUUGUGCAUGAGGCAACGGAAUAACGUCGAGUGUGAGAGUGUAAUAAGAAAUCAUUUGGAUCCCCCUAGCAACUAUAACCAUACCAUGGUAUGCUUAACAUCAUUCUGCUAGUAUAUUCCAGCAUCGCAGUAGCAGAUGUGUGUGAAAAUUUUGUCGAAGCUAGUAAGGGAAUUCUUCGUGUUAUAAUGAUUUUUAAUCCGAGUGGUGUGUGACAAAUACUUAGCGACCUGGAGACGAGCCCUACCAUGGGGCUGAAGAUGGAAUUCGAUCGAUCGAUCCGUAAUCGCGUUUGUUGCAAAAGUACGCCUAGUGUUGAAAUACGACAAAAAUAAGAAGCGAAUAAAUACGUAGCUUCGGAAAAACGAGUGAAAGAUUGUUUUAAUAAGUUUAUGCUGUUGCUGCAAAUCGUAGUCUCUGCUUCCCACCAUGGUUCUUUCAUUGCUCUGUGUCUUCUCGCUGCGCUGAAAAGUGGUGUGUGAGAUGAGGUGAAUAGCGUGAAUGUGAGUCCACUUAGUAGGUGAGAUGAAUAAAGUGAGCCAGCUGUGUGUGAAUACAGCGCGCGUUGAGGGCGAGUGAAUCCGUAAGGGUGAAAAAUAAGAAGCGAAAACAGGAAGGGUGAUUAGAAGGCAAAAGUGUGUGUGUGUGUGUUAGUGUACUGGUGAAGGGAUCCCGCAAAGAAGGGAUAGGAUGGAACGUUGUAAUGCUGUUCAUAGCAGAAACAGAUAUAUUAGCAUCGUUGGUAGACACUGGGUGUUAGCAGGAGCUGUACUAUAGAAAAGUCCUAUUGGUGAUACACAUGGUCUCUUGCACUACAGUGAAGGUAUAUUGAAAAACUAAACCGCGAUAGGACACGCGAACGAUGGAUUACAUCGGUGAUCUGCUUAAUCAAAUGUCGUCCGCCUUCAACCAGGAGACGGCCAUUCCCAAGAAGGAGGAGAUCUCGAUGGAUGAAACGCUCAAGUGGCGCGCGCUCAAGAACAAUCAGUUUGCAUCCCGGACCCGACUGCCACAGCAGCAACCAGGUAGCGCGGGAAGCGGCACGCGAAGUGGAUUGGCCAACGGACGUAAAAGUGUGGCGGGUGGGACUGCGAGCGGAAGCACCUCCAACAGACAGCAGCGACGCCCACCAUCUGGGGGGAACUGUAACGAUAGCAGCAGUAUCACGGACGACGGAAGCAGAUCUCCGACGGCACUGCUAGGAGAUAACGGAAAUUUGACCCCCGACAUUGCCGAUGAGGAGGACAUUGAGAUAGAGAUAGCGAAGGAUAUUAGCGGCGAAGAGCUGCAGGAAGCGCUCGGGCUCAGUCAGCUGGUUGAGGUAGAGUCGGAGGAAUUUGGAGGUACGCUUGAGGUUGAAGAUCGACUAGAAGCGGUCGGGAGCGGUGACGAUCUACUGAGGGACGAAAAGAAAUCUAGUCCAACGAUGGAAAACCUGCAUACUGAUCAAGGUACAGAUGCUGUGGUGGAAGAUUGUAAAACAGAAGACAUGAUUGACACGAAGUUGUCGUUGGAAGUGCCAUAUAGUAGCAGCACGAGCAUGAGUCCUACUGUCCUAGUGGAGCAAAAGGACACAAUCAAUGAACAACUAGCAAUGCUACCGAGUAAAUGUGACACGGAUGAACCGGAUGUACCGAUGACUAAUAUUUUGGAAGAUGCUAUUGCAGCUGGGAGUAGCACACGUCCGGAUGUAGUUGAAGCUAUUGAUCUACCAUCAUUACAGAGUAAUAAACAAAAAGACACCGAUUGUGUUGGUGAGGAUGUUGAAGAGUUUGAUGGUGUAGAAAAAAUCGCCGAAGAAGCCGCAGCAGAUGAUCACGUAGAGAAUGAUUCUGUGCUAGCGGAUCUGGACGAUGUUCCAAUGCUGGAAGAUGAUGAAGACGAUGUACUCAUUAUUAACACGGAUGAAGCAGACGAGGUGGUAGAGCUGGCAGAAACAUCAAAAGAAGACGAAGAGGACGAAGAGGAAACGACAGACAAGAUCGAACCAUCGGAAAAUGGCGAUCAUACCACGACGACGGUUGUACUACAAAAAGACGACAGCGUUGAGUCGAAGGAGGAAGUAAAAGAAGCAACGGAAUCACAACCGAAACUCCUUGUCGAAGAGGAUAUUACUGCAAACAAUCUAACUGAUAAUGUUGAGGAAAAAUUUCACCCAAAGAAAACUACCGAUGGAAGUCAGGAUGAGGAUCGCGAUCGCAACAUUACCGAUCGCUCAUCCAACGAUUGUGAUGAGGUGAAAUUUUCCGAUUCAUUGAAAACAUCCUUAACCUCCACAUUGGCGAUGGAAGGUGAUCCUCGAUCACCGGCAAGCGAAAAAGUUGAAGAAAAGACUGAAUCUAUGAUGGAGGAAAAUAAAACCGUAGAAAAUGAAUCUUCUCCGGACAAAGAGAUCGCUAACAUUUCGUCGGAUGUAUGUACCGAAAAGGCAGAACAACGUGCCGGACGAACGACGCGAAGUAAGAAAGGUACGGUUGGGGUUGGAUCGGUUGCCAACACAUCACCGUCGGCAGGCAUUGCCGGCAUAGCACACUCGCAAAGACGAUCCCAGCGCUUCCAGAAGGAUUCAAGCGUAGCGUCAACUGAUGGCAAAUUGAACGGGGAAAAUGUCAUCGAGCCGACGGUCGUUGUAAAAGAGGAAGAAUCGGACGAGACUGUGGCGGCAAAAAAACGAGCUUCCGUUGGAGCAGCGCCUGGUGGUGAGACAAAGCUGAAAGCAACAGCUAAGUCUGAUCGUAGCUUACGCAGUAAGCAGCAAGGAAACUCCACCGUUAGUCAAUCAACCGUCAUGACACGUCGCGCUUCGGAAACGGUUAAACCAUCUCCAGACGAAGCAGCCGAUGGGCAGGACACUGACGCGGACAAAUCGAUCGUUGGCCGUCGGGGAAGAAAACGAAUGAGUCAGGAUCCAUCGGCAGCAUCGUCGGUAGUUUCAAAUGAUCCAGUCACACGCACAAGGGAAAAGUCGACACGCGACGAAUCGAUAAAGGGCGAACCAAGCGCAGCUGGGCAAGGACGAACUAGCCGCUCGGGGUUUCCCUUGGAACCGGACGAAACCGAUACCGGUGGCAAAGAGAUACAAGAAGCACCACAGCAAGAAAAAACGAUCCAACAGCCACCACAGCAACAACCGCAGCGUCGUGGACGAAAACGGAAAAAUCUAAACGUCUCCGACAAAGAUAGUACAGCAACAGCUGUUGCUUCGUCGACUGCUUCCAGUUCCGGAACAUCAAACGCAGAAAAACCCCUCCUCCAUCCGUACAAACGUGCGGCUAGACAGUCGAGGGACGGAAGUGACGGUAUCCUUGCCUCAGCUCUGGCACGUCGUGACAAGGUUAAUUCACAGGGUCGGCUCUCGCGUCAGAUCAAGCUGUCCGCUAAGAUCCUAGCCAAUGAAGAACUCCGACAAGGUUACGAACAGCAGAACAAUGGACGGAUCAUCCUUGGAUCGGAGCAAUCAGUCGCUAUCGGUCUGCAUGAGGACGAUCUUUCGACGUCGGAUCGUGAUCGCCACUUGGAACCCGGCCCGGAGAAACAGCGGAAGCUGGCCCGAGAAGUUACCGAAUCAUCGGUAGCAAGUUGCAGCACGAUCGGUAGCAGUACGGAGGAUGUAACCGUGGUUUCAGUUACUUUACCACCUCCGAAGGCUGGCCCAUCUGGGACAGCUGCUAAAAGAACUUCCAGUGAUACUUCGUUGACCCAGCAGCAGCCCAACAAGAAGCUUAUAGGGCCUUCUCCUUCCGAACGCACCAUCGUUUCGAAGCGAAUAUCAAAACCAAACGCCCCAACUGCUCCCUCUUGUCCGAACGUGGAGACAUUCUUGCAGGAGGUACGUUCGAUGCGUCUUGGUACCAAUCGAUCGCCGGAAGAAAAUCGUAAGCUCAAUCGUCGACAGCAGAAACGGAUGGUAAAGAUGAAGGAAAAGUUCAUGAAUUCAUUGAGCCUGCGGCACCGUAGCGCCCAACAAUCACGCAACGGUACCGAUGGCGAUGAGUUCGACGUGGAACAGUCCGGUGGUGAGUCAGAGUCGAGCGGAAGCGAAGCAGACUUUGUUCCAUCGCAAAAAAUUGGAACGGUCGGUAAACCGAGCGUUACACUGCGACUUCGUAAACCGGAAACACUGUUGGAAAAUCAUACCCGUAAAGUAACAGUUCCUGCUGGCCGUAUACCCUUAGUGACGCUUCCGAAAGGUGCGUCGGGUAUGCCGAAAUUGAAUGUGAAUGCAGGCCGUGCGAUCCCUAGCACUAAUGCACACGUGCGUCACGUUGGUAAGCAAUCGAACGGCGGAAAGUCAGCUGCGGCGAAUGGAUCUGGAAGAGUACGUCCCUCGUCGAGUGCUGUGAUUUUACCUGCCGCAAUGACCACCUUGGGUGCACGAUCGUCCUCGUCAAAAACUAUCACCAGCACGUAUUCUACCACAAAUCCCGCUGUCAGUGCGAUGCUCAAAGAUAAAGAAACGGAACAAUUGCAACGCUCAUUGCAACGACUUGGCUGUGAGGUCACUCUAAUACCCACGACGGUCGCAGGACGUAUGGCUGAUACACGCCCGGUGUUCGAUACUACAUCAGUGGCUGGUUCAUCCCGGUCAGCAGCAAAUGCCUGGCCAUUAAGGCGCGUCAAAGAUACGGCAGUACCACAGCGACCUCGCUUGCAACAGCACGCAAGCACACCGCCUAUACUUCCUGGUACGACAUCACCGAGCUUGCAGAUCGUGCUGGGAAGUACAGGAUCACCACCGGUGCAAGAUUCUUCCAGAUUGCUGUCAUCCCGAACGGCACCGAUCGCUUCACCAUCGUCGGAAACGCUAGUCUGCCAUUGCCGUCAAAAGUCGGACAUUUUCGUGGAAAAAACGGUCGGCAAUGGGUUCUGCACGGCGAUAGACGAUAUCGAUGGUCAGCAGAUUGGUUGCUGCAACGAGCUGUCGAACGAUCUGCCGAACAUGUUGCGCCCGAGUCCGAUGGUUAGCUUUCAGCUUCUUUGCAACAUGCACCGGAAACGGUUGGAGGACCAUGGAUGCUGUGCCAUCUGUGGAAGGUUUUGUACGCAGGGUAACUUUGCAAUGUGCAAAAAUGCACAUAUUUUCCAUCCGGAUUGUGCCGAUAAGUACAUGCUCAACACGCCGUACAAUCCGGCCCGUCCGGAGGAUUAUGUAGCUCCGACGCUGGUGCUAAAGUGCCCUCACUGCAACCAAGAAUGUCCAAACAGAGAAAUCGAGGUGAACAUUCAACUAACAUCUCCUCCCGUGCUAUUGCCAUCCCGAAAGAGUAUAGUCAAACCUGCCAAAAUGACGGUUUCGAAAACGGGUGGCACCAAAGCUAAUGGUGUCAGUGGAUCAACCAAUGUUAGUGAGAGUUUCCGUACGACCGUCAAAUCGCUGGUACCGAGAAGCCUAAAGAACAUGUUAUCGGUAGAUCACGGUGCUACAAAUGGCAGUGGUGUUAAUAGUGCUCACGCAACGACCAGUAGUGCUGGUAGGAUAAGUUCUGCCAAAGACGCCGGUACGGGUGGUACGAAGAAUCGUUUCACUGCGAAAGAUUUCUCGCAUGCUGUCUGCACGAAGAAGGAUGAUGCACUCGUUUCGGAAAUCAUCACUUCCGGAUUCGAUAUCGAGACACGGUUUCGAGAGUUUCAUCAUGGUACCUGUUUGCAUGUCGUGUGUAAUUACGGUACGCUUGCAAUGGUCUACCUAAUCAUGUGCCGUGCCCGUUCGGUGGAUUAUCUUAACAUUGUCGAUCGGGCACUGCGUACCGCAGUAAUGUGUGCGGUCAUUGGUUCGAAGUGCGAUAUCGUGAAGCUGCUGUUGGACAGUGGUGCAGAUGCAACGCUCAAGGGUCCGUACGGUAUGACCGUGUUGCAUUUGGCUGCGAAACUUGGACAGCACGAAGCUGUACGUACGAUACUGGAGUGUGCACGGCAACGGUUGACCGCACGCGACCUGAUGGCAUUCGUGAAUGCGGUCGAUAAUGGGCGCUGGACUGCUCUUGCCUGGGCAGCUGAGAACCGUCACAAGCAGACGGUUGAGCAGCUGAUCUCGAUCGGAGCGGAUGUGAAUGUGUGCGAUCGAUUGAACAACACAUCACUGCAUUGGGCGGCACUGUCCGGUUGCUCCGAUACGCUGUACCUGCUGAUGACCAAGGACUGUAAUCCGAACCUGCAAAAUAACAACGGAGAGACACCACUACAUAUCGCUUGCCGCCAGGGUCAUGCUGAAAUUUGUGUGGUACUGCUAGCCAUGGGUGCUUCCUUGAAUAUUCGCAACACUUCCAAUAAACUCCCGCAGGACACGAUCGAGAAUCCAAACAGUGAAUGUGCAAACAUUAUAGCAGCGAACGUAAAAAUGCGCAAUCUAUCAAACAACCUGAAAGAAACGCACAUACUAUGCAGUGAUAUAUCGAAGGGUAGGGAACGCCAUCCGAUACAGGUCGUGUACUAUACCAGAGGUAACAACGAUCGUCAGCUUUCGGUACCGAAAUUUAAGUACAUACGUAGCAAUGUGCAGAUCGAUUCUCUCAUCACAAUUGACCCUAAUGCACGCAGCAUGCCCGUUUGCUCUUGUGUGGAUAGCUGUACAUCGACUCAAUCGGAGUGCCUCUGUUCGGAACGUACCUGGUAUACCAAUGAUGGAAGGUUGAUGAACGAUUUCAACUACCUCGAUCCACCGACCGUUAUCGAGUGUGGUGAUCUGUGCGAUUGCAAUCGGCGGUUGUGUCGGAAUCGGGUUGUGCAGCAUGGUCUCCAUAUACCGCUCCAGCUGUGCUACAUCCCUGGAAAGGCUUGGGGUGUACGUACGAUGUUGCCUAUACCGAAGGGUAGCUUUUUGGUUGAGUAUGUCGGGGAGAUACUGUCGGAUGAAGCCGCCAAUCAUCGGCUAGACGAUAGUUACCUAUUUGAUCUGGGCAAUGGCUUUUGCAUCGAUGCCAGCGCGUAUGGGAAUGUGAGCCGAUUCUUUAACCAUUCCUGUCAACCGAACGUUUCGCCAGUGUCCGUAUACUACGACCAUAAGGAUCAGCGUCACCCAAGGGUAGCACUGUUUGCCUGUCGCGACAUUGAAGCUCAGGAAGAAAUAUGCUUCGAUUAUGGUGAAAAGUUUUGGAUGGUAAAGCGAGGCUCGCUGGUGUGUCGGUGUAAUACGGCCAAAUGUCGGUAUCGGCAGGUGGAGUAAAACAAAUAGAUGUAAAUGAACGACAUUGAAUGCAGAUUGCACAAAACAGGCAAUGGAAAAAAUCGCGAUCGUCUUUUACCAAAGUGACGAUGAAUUGAUAUUUGGUACUGUGUGGUUCGAGCUGAAGAAGGAUAAAAGCAAACGAGAUGAGAGUAAGAUGGUGUAAUAUUUAUUUAUUUUUCUAUGCGUCGUUAGCUAAUUUGGAAUUUAAUAUGGACAGUAGGUGAUUUGAUAGUCAAAGUAAGGGAUCGUUUGUUUUUCUUCCAUAGGGAAGCGUACACACAUGUACAAAAGUGUGAAAGUAGGUUUGCACAUAUACUUUGUAUAUGUAUAUGUACACACACACAAAAAAUACGAAGGGAGAAGUGAUUUCUACAGCAUGAUUUAGAAAAGAUAAGUGUGAAUUGAAAUUCUAACAAAAAACACGAGUGAUGGGAGGUAGCGUUGAGAGCAUCUUUGCAGCAUAAUUAAUCGUGCAUCGCCAUAUCACAAACAAAGAUGCAAGAAAUGAGUAGAAAAAAUGCGUACUCUAAUUACUUCCCGUGUUUAUUUUUUGUUUUGUGGAAUAAUCUUUUUUUGGGAUGUUUUCGAUUACCCUUAUUAUCGAUGUUGCCAUGUUCUGUAGAAAAAGGAACUGCAAUAAGUGUGGAUACAGUCGCACAGUGGGCAAGGAAGAAUCAGUGUUUUAGUUACUCGUUUAAUGACUAACGGCUGGCUGUCACAGCAACAACAAUGCACAAAUAAUCGAUCCCGUUCGACGAUUAGUUCGGUAAAAUUAUGAAAAAGCCAUGUACGUACAUGCAUGUGUCGAUGUUCGUGUGAAAUUAGCUUAAGACUUUCUUUACUAGCAUAGUAUUUAGGUUAAUGUUUCCGUUUAGACUACAAAGGAGACGAUAAGCAGAUUAUGUUAGGUAUUAACAAAAAAAGUAUAUUUGCCAUAUUUAGUUGCCACCGAUUUUUCUUCUGAGAUAUAAGCCGACAAGAAGCAUACGUAGAAAACAGGGAUGGAUGCGUGCGUACGUAAAGCUUUAUAUUGGAACGGUUGCCAUUCGGUUUUAGGAGACUGUGAGACCUUACAUUUACUAUGUUUUAAAUUAAGAAAUAUUUGGCUGCUUUUUCACGGAUGAGACGAUAUAAACGAAACAAAAUUGUUUGUUUGUCGCUAAAAUCAAAACCAAGGAAUUCAUCUAAUCACUGUACAACUCAUACCAUCACUUUACACCAGGCGAGUAAUUUAUCCUUAGAACAAUAUGAUUUUUUUUAAUUGUUUAUUUUUAAUCACAUUUCGUGGUCGUUUUAUUCAGGUUAGCAAAAUAAAAACAAUAAACACACACAUGAAAAUAGAUAAUGAAUAGUCCUAUGUGAAUCAUAUUUGUCUUUAGCGCUAUGAUACCAAAGUCAUGGAAUCGUGCGAUUCUUAUUUAGUGAGAUACUAUACUUUUUUUGGCAAAUGCUUUACAGUUUGUAGUAAAUACCUUUACUAGAUUUCACAGUAUCGAUCGUACGUAGUUCCUUUAAGUAGUUUCAUAACGGUACGUUUAAUGAAUUUGUUUGUCUUGCUUGCCAAUUAAUUAUGCCAUAGCAAGUGAUGCGUGUAUUGUUUGAUGCGAAAGGACAAGGACACAAAUCGAUAGAUAGAUAUAGAGGGAGUGAGAGACAGAGAACAAUAGUAGAAGAAAACUAGAGGGAAAUGCAAAAUAGAAGAAGUGAAGUGGGAAAUGCAAACAGAGAGCUAUUAACAUAUUUAGUGUGGUAGAUACAAAGGCAUCUUUAAAAAUUGUAAAGAAUAAAUCAAUGAACCAGCAAUGCAA